AUGGCUGAGACUCCCGCCCUGCUCCUUCUGCUCACUCUGGGACUCGGAUGCCCUGGGAUCCAGGGCCAGAGGUACAAGAUAACUGCCAGGAUUUAUGGCAGGACCACCCCACUAUCCCAGGCAGGACAGCGGCUGGAGCUGGAGUGUGACCCCUCCCCUGACGACAGUGGCGUAUUCUGGUUCCGCCAGGACAAGGGUGGGACCCUCCACUUCAUCGUCUUCAUCAAUCUCCUGUCUGGGACCACCUUCGAGGGGAAUAAGAAGACAUCCACACGCUUCGAGGCGAGGAUUGUUGGCAAGUUCUACCAGCUGGUAGUGAAGUCGUUCAUGCCACAGGAUGAGGGGAACUAUUUCUGCCUCGUGAACAUCAAUCAAAUGCUGUACUUCAGCCGCGGCCAGCCUGCCUUCUUCCCAGUCACCACCACACCGGCACCUACCUCGGCACCCACGACCCAGCACGGCAUCACUGGGAAGGACCCUUGCCUGAAGACCCCGCAUCCAGAGAACAGCAAGGUCAAAGAGCUGGAUUUCUUCUGUGACACCUUCAUCUGGGUUCCCUUGGCAGCUGCCUGCCUCCUCUUCCUCAUCGCCCUGGCACUCACCGUCAUGCUGCAUCAACAGACCAGGAGACGGAGAUGCAGGUGUAAAAGACCUCCGAGCGGGAAGCCCAACGUGAAACCCACCACCACACCAAGCCGACACGUUUAA